AUGUUCGACAACCUCAAAGCAUUCAUCAGGCAUGGUCGUCAAGCCAACGACUUGAAGACAAGAGCCGUACAAGGAUUAUCGCUAACAACCUCGGAAGCAGAUCUUUUAGCCUAUUCAGAUUCCACUAAUGGCGCUUCUGUGUUAGCUUCCGACUUGGAAAACUCUGACUUGACUUCCGGUAGCUCCAGAGACUUUGAGGAGGUACCUAAGAAGACUGAAGCCAGAAAGAAGUACGAUGAGGUGGCUAAUAAACUAGUCGAGGAGGAGAAACAGAAUAGAAAUGCCGAGGUCAAGUACCCGAACUUGGAAAAGUAUCAAGUUUUGGAGAAGAUGGGCGAGGGUGCGUUUUCUGUUGUUUAUAAAGCCAGACAUUUGGAAUCUGGCAAUUUGGUUGCAAUCAAGAUUCUCCGUAAAUAUCAGAUGGAUAACGCCCAGAAGCAGGCAGUGUUCAAAGAGGUUAUCAUCAUGCGCCAGCUCAACCAUCCACAUGUUGUCAAGUUCAUCGAGUUCAUCGAGAGCGAGCCUUACUAUUACAUUGUUCAGGAACUUGUUCCUGGUGGAGAAAUCUUCGGAGCCAUCGUCAACUACACGUAUCUUAGUGAAAAUUUGGCUCGCCAUGUGAUCUACCAGGUUGCAGAUGCUGUUCGUUACUUGCACGAGGAGGUUGGCAUUGUUCAUCGUGAUAUCAAACCCGAGAACUUGUUGUUUUGCCCGAUCGAAUAUAAGCCAUCGCUUAAUCCGAUCGCAAAGCUCCGUAGAUCCGAUGAUCCUAAAACAAAGAAGGAUGAGGGCGAGUUUUUGCCAGGUGUGGGUGGUGGAACCAUCGGUCUUGUCAAGUUGGCAGAUUUUGGAUUGUCGAAGCAAAUUUGGGAACACAACACCAAGACUCCAUGUGGAACUGUGGGCUACACGGCGCCGGAGAUCGUUCGUGACGAGCGGUACUCAAAGGAGGUAGAUAUGUGGGCUAUUGGAUGUGUGCUAUACACCUUAUUAUGUGGAUUCCCACCAUUUUAUGAUGAGAGAAUAGAAACCCUCACUGAGAAGGUUGCUAGAGGUGAGUAUUCUUUCUUAGCGCCAUGGUGGGACGAAAUUAGCAUCGAUGCAAAGUAUUGCGUGUCUCGCCUCCUCACAGUGGACCCCAAGAGACGUUAUACAAUCGAAGAAUUUUUUGAAGAUCCAUGGAUCCGCCAAGCUGCUCCAACAUUCGAGAAACCAAUGAAAGCACCUAGGGCAGCUCAGCCUGUGCCUCCAAAUUACAACAAUGGAAUGUACUCACCCGCUGCCCUGGCUUUGCGUGAGGCAUUCGAUAUCUCUGCUGCUGUGCACAGAAUUGGUGAAGAGGCUGCACUCAAUAAGACUCGGAUUCCCGAUGUGGUUGAAGAGGACGAAGAGAUGGAAGUGGAGCCACUGCUGGCAAUCCCUCGUGACAUAAACAUGGCCAAUGCAUUCGAACUUAAUUUGGGUGGUGCGUCGAUACUAGAGAGGAGAAAGAAGUUAGCAGUGGCUAGUUGA